AUGCUUGUGCUAAGUGGAUUCAAAUUUAGAUGUAAUCAAAAAACCUAUUCUUAUUCUCCCUUGCUACGAGGCCAUAUUCGCCUACUCAAAUUGUUGCCAGAUCAAGAUAAAACUGCUCCUUUGCGAUGCAGUCUCAUUGAUUAUCCCUUGGAAGAUUUAGCCGGGAGCAGUCAUUUAUACGAUGCUCUGUCUUAUGUAUGGGGUUCUCCAGGGAAGACUCAGUAUAUCUCGAUAGAUAGCUGCGACCUACUUAUUAGGACAAAUCUUCAUGUUGCGCUAUUACACCUUCGAGAUCGCUUUUUUGAACGAAUUAUAUGGGUAGACGCUAUCUCCAUUAAUCAGCAAGAUAUAAAAGAACGCAACAGCCAGGUCCAGCGCAUGGCAAUGAUUUAUGCUAUGGCUAGUCGUGUGAUUGUUUGGAUAGGGGAAUCGGAGGACAAUAGCGACCAAGCGCUUGAAGAAAUAUACAAAAGCGCAGACGAGCAACCAACUGAAAAUCACGGAGAAAUUCGAAGAGCAGUCAUUAAGCUGCUAUUACUGCCAUGGUUCAGACGCAUUUGGGUCCUCCAAGAAGUUGCCGCAGCCCGAAAUGUCGUUAUCCUAUGUGGCUCUACGGAGAUAGAUGGAUAUGUGUUCUGCAUAGGAGUCAACGCACUAAAACUCAGCUAUGAAGACAAUCCAGGCUUAGGGAAUUUAAUCCGUACUGCAACUUACCUAAUACGACGCACGGGCUUCUGGCCCAAAAAAGCAACUAGCGAGUCAAGAAUAUUCUCGCUCAACAUAGGUCUUCUAAGCGAGCUGAUAGAUAUGUAUCAUGGCAGAGAAGCUUCUGAUCCCCGUGACAAAAUCUAUGCUUUGCUUGGGAUGAGCUCAAAUAGCUAUAGCUUGACUCCCGACUAUAAUAUCACAUGGCAAACACUCUUUGAACGAGUUAUCAGGCAUAUUAUUUGCAAGCAAGUAUCAAUUGGAGAUGAACAUUCAUACGUGACGAAUUUGACAGCAAUUUUUAGAAAUUCGGGCCGUUAUGCAGAAGCAAAAAAAUUCGAAGCGAUGGCAGAUAUACUGAACCGGAGAGGAGAUUACAGCCAUAUUACAGAAGAAUCAAUUAUGCAUAUUAUAUAUUCAUUUGGUGGGGAAGCAAUGCAAUUUCUCCUUGAUCGGCGAAGUGAUGAGGUCGUUAUCACAAAUGGGAUUAUCGAAGCAGCAGCAAAGAGCGCAAAAAAGGGAGCGAUGAAAUUGUUUCUUGACAGGCGAGGAGACCAGAUCACAAUUACAGAGGAUAUCGUUAAAGCUACGGCAAGAAAUAUUUUUUAUGGUAAAGAGAUACUAGAGUUGCUCCUUAACCACCGAGGAGACCAGAUCAUUAUUACAGAAGAUAUUGUUAAAGCGGCAGCAGAAAAUGGGAAUGUCAAGGAAGUGAUUGAAUUGCUUCUUGACAGGCGAGGAGACCAGAUCAUUGUUACAAAAAAUAUUGUUAAAGCUGCAAUAAAAAAUGAUUGGGUUGGUAGAGAUGUACUAAAGUUACACCUUAACUGGCGAGGAGACCAGAUCACUAUUACAGAAGAUAUUAUUAUAUUUGCAGCAGAAAAUCGGGUUGACAAAGAAAGAAUGGAAUUACUGCUGAACCAGCGAGGAGACCGGGUCAUUAUCACGGAAGAUAUUAUUAAAGCAGCAGCAAAAAAUUGGAAUGACAAAGAAGUGAUGGAAUUACUUCUUGACAGGCGAGGAGACCAGAUCACUGCUACAAAAACAAAUCUCUGA